UCCUGACGCUCACGAGACCUCCCAUUGAGUUCCAUGACAGCUCGGGCAGAUGUGAUGUUGCUCCUGCACCCAUGAUUUCCAAGUCUCCUCCCAAGGGCAUCCAGCCACAGAGUAACCUGCUUGGUGUCAUGGCCGAGGUGAUGGGACACAGGAGCUUGUUGGGCUUUGGUGUGGUGUUGGCCUGGUUGGUGCUGUUCCACCUGCUGGUCAACAUCUGGCUGCUAUGUGUGUUCACCAGUCUGCUGGUGGUGCUCGGUGGCUGGCUCGGCUCCCAGGCAGUCCUGGAGUCAGACAGUGUGGUUCACCUGGAGAGAUUCAUCCCCAUUGAGCAGAUUUCACCCUCUGCGGAGGAUGAGCAUCACUUGGACCAGGAGAUCCAGAACACAGUGAGAAAAAUCAUCAGGGAUUUUGUCACUUCCUGGUACUCUACCGUGUCCUCUGAGAGCAGGUUUGAAACAGAAGUUCAGGAUGCGAUGAUCUCUAUGGCCAUGGAGCUGAAAAUACGUGCAAGACAAGUGGACAGAAAGGAGCUGACCCAGAGGAUCCUGGAUCUGUUCGGUUGCCACCUGCAGGACUACAUUCGAGCCAAGGAGCUGGUGAUAGAGCAACAGAAGCCUCUGACAUCAAAGUGGAGCAAUGAAACAGAGUUGUGGAAGGCCUACUCCAGGGUUACCACGCCUCACCUUGCUAUGACCAGUGACACAGUAGAAGUAAAUCAUGCCCGAGCAGUUGUUGAUUUGUUGCUGCAUGUUUUGGUGCCUCCGCCGCAUUUGGAAACACGCACUGGACGCUUUGUUGUUGGAGAGCUUAUUACGUGCAAUGUUGUGCUCCCACUCAUUGCAAAACUGUCAGAUCCUGAUUGGUUAAACAGUCUUGUGGUUGAGAUAUUUAGCAGGUCCAGUAAACCACAGGAGCCAAUGAAAACAGAGCCUGUGACUCCAUCACCACCAAAGUUACCACCUCCUCCUGCUGAAUCAGAGAUCUCUCCACCACAACAACCUCAAAGGAGUACUGAACUUGCACCUGUUAGAGCUGUAACUGAAAUGUUUAAUCACUCAGAAGUGGUCUCGUCUGAGCUCGCUGCGUAUGAUGUGGUUGAUGCAGAAGAGGUUGAAUGUACAGAGAGCAUUGCAGAAGAAGAAGAACCUACUCUACCCUAUUUUAAGCAUUUUAUAAGAGGAAGCAAAUCAAACCCAUUCUACCAGGAAAAUGACUCUGAUCUGGAUUCCCCUCUGGUGGACUAUAAACAAAACUCCAUUGAUUCUCUGGUUAUGAUCAGCUCAGAGGAGGGCCUGUAUCACAGACAGAAAGAUUCAGUCUCCUCUGCAGAGAAUAGUGUGGAACAGGAGGAUGUCUGCCCAAGUCCUGUGGAUCUUUCCUGCCCUAAAGUCCUGGUGAAUUCACAGCCUGUAGAACAUCCUAACAGCUGCAGCCCUUCACCAGUUAGAACAAGAGAUGGGACUGUCAGUGCCAGCAGCAUCCAAGAUGUAGAGAGGGAGGCUCCUUUAGUUAACCCAGCUAAAGAUCUCCUCCUGAGUGUAGAGCAAAGUGGGCUGGGGGGCUCCACUGAGGUGACAGAUGUGAGUCCGCUGCAGGCCUCCUCCCCCAUGCCAGCGUUCAGCUUUGAGCCCCUCAGCAGCCCUGAUGGACCAGUCAUCAUCCAGAACCUCCGGAUCACAGGCACCAUCACAGCAAAGGAACAUCGUGGCACUGGCUCACACCCCUACACCCUUUACACAAUCAAAUAUGAGACAGCUAUGGGCUAUGAGCAACCAGGAGGCAUCCAUCCAGGCUCUGAGGAAGCUUAUGUUGAACAAGCAAUGGAACACCCCGCAUCCACUCAGCCGGUCGCCUAUCACACGGUCAACAGACGAUACAGCGAGUUCCUAAACCUGCAAACACGACUGGAAGAAAAAACAGAUCUACGGAAACUCAUCAAAGGGGUAAAAGGUCCAAAGAAAAUAUUUCCAGACAUGCCAUUUGGAAACAUGGACAGUGACAAGAUAGAGGCCAGGAAGGGGCUUCUAGAGACCUUUCUUAAGCAACUUUGUGCCAUCUCUGAAAUUGCCAACAGUGAGGAAAUGCAGGAAUUUCUGGCUCUGAACACAGAUGCAAGAAUCGCCUUCGUUAAGAAACCAUUUAUUGUGUCUCGCAUUGAUAAGAUUGUGGUGAAUGCAAUUGUGGACACCUUAAAGACAGCCUUCCCUCGUUCAGAGCCUCAGAGCCCCACAGAAGAUAACGAUGCAGAGGUGGAUGGACUGAAAAUCAGUGGUGACAAGAAGAGCAAAUCUCGUAUGAAGUUCUCCAGUAAAACCAUCCCCCUCAUGAAUGGCGCAGACAUCAAACCAGCAGUUCUGUUCAGUUUGGAGAAAACAAGAAAAGUGCUUAACAGAAUGUCUUUAGGAGAUUUGCAAUGUUUCAUUGCUGAACAAGAAAAAUUAGACAUCGGGGACCAUACGGAGAGGGAGAACAGUCCGGUUAUCAGAGAAUUCAUAGGCCACUAUGACGCCAGCCUGAGAGGAAAAAACAGUCAGGAGACUGCAUCAGAGACAGCGCUUGCUGAGGUGGCUCUGAACAUCCUGUGUCUACUGAUGAGGGAGCAGUGGAGCUGGCUCUGCACUGAGAACAUUCAGAGAACCAUUAGGCUGCUGUUUGGGACCCUUAUCAACAGAUGGCUGGAUGUUAGUGUAGCCAACUUGACCUGCACCAGGUACUGGGUGGCGUACCUGCAGGUGAUCCAGGAGGCCGUGUGGCCUGGAGGAACUCUGCCUACAGAGCCCAGAGUUGAACGCAGCCAGCAGCAGAAGGACGACACCAGGCAGCAGGCUUUACACUGUUUGACGAGACUCCUACCAGAUUUGAUCUCAGACAUGCUGGGCUCAGAUAAGUGCAAACACAGCUGGCAGACUGCACUUGACUCUAUUCAGGACCCCUACAUUAACAGACACCUGGUCUACUGCAUAUUUGAUCUUCUGCUGGAGUUCCUGGUUCCUGAAAUUCCUGAGGAAGACUUCCAGAGGAGCCUGCUACAGACCCUGUCAAAAAACCCUGAGAAACUGCUGGCAUGAGGAGAGCCCCCUUCCCAUAAGUAACACCUGCAACCCAGCUUUAAUACUCCAUCAUUCAGAUUCACAUUCAUGCAUCUGGGUGACAGUGAGGAUACUCCUGUUAUACUAUUGGUCUACAACCUGUGUUUAAAUGCAAUGCAAAAACUUAAAUCUUGACAUGUUUUAGUCUAAUUUCUUGCCAAAAAUACCUGACAAUAAGUCCAAAUAUAGCUCACUGCCAGUGCAGCGAGAAAAUAUAACUAAAGAGACUUGAAAUGAGAGGUUGAUAUCUAAGACAAGUAACACUUGUGAUUUGAGUUUUUGCAGCAUGAAUGUUUAUUGAGACUGAAUAUUUUCUCUGUCCUCACUUUAACCCCUGAGCUCCCUAAGGCUUGGUCUUUUUUGGUCUUGAACACAUCAUCCUGUAAACACAAACACUUUAACACAAUUUGAAGCAGCCUUGAUUACAUGAGAGCACCUGGUUUGUGUUUGAUUCCCUCUGACGUUCUGUUCACAUCUAAACAUGUGGCAAAGCCUCGUCUGAUCUCCACAUCCAGCCUCUUCCUGCCUCCUAAACUCCCUGGCUUUCACUAAACUCACUUCAGAUGGUCCUUAAACUCUGUCCUCGUCCCCCCUGCAGAAACACCCACACCUGUUGCUCUACUCCGGAGAAGCAGGAUUUGCAUUUUCCUCUCUGCUUAAAUCUCAAAAUGUACUCAUGGGAUUUAGCAUCACUGUUUCUGCUCUCAGUUCAGCCGUUCUUUAACAUCCCACUGGCUCAGUAUAGAUCUGCACAUGUGAAUCUGACACAAUGUGAGAUAUUCUUCCUAAAUCUGAGCCGUCCUGAGGGAUCCCAUGUCUCUGGUUGUGAUUUUAACCUACAGAUCCAGGUGUAGGAAAAGUACAUACUAUAGUGUAAAAUGGUGAAGAGUUGCCCAUGACUUAUUUUACUGCCUUCAUGGAUGCGUCACAGUUUCUUUAACAGGCCCCUCUGAGAAUUAUCUGUGCAGUUAAUGUCUAUAUUUUAUAGGAAGUUGGCUCUACAAAAACAUUUAUAUGAAGGAUGUAGGAAGCUUUUGGCCUAGGUAAGGCUAUGAAGAGUUUUCAUUUGUUAUUUUCUGGAGUCGCUGCAUCCUGAAGAUCAGUUGAGUGUGGUUGAUAUCAUUCCAUGCUGAUAGCUUAGGUCUCAAUUACCUGGAUUUAUCAGUCUUCAGUUUGACCCUCUAAAAAACAAACUAAUAACCUGGAUGUGGACUAAAGUUGUCUGAUUUUCGAUAUUUGUUGAAGAAUGAUAUAAUCUAUGUUACUUGUGCAAAACGAAAAAAAGUCAUAUCUUUUCUCAUAUUUUUAACCAACAGCUGCUUUGAGUGAAAGAGGGAAAAUCUUAACACCAACAUAUCUGUGCAACUUAGUGUGCAGGAGAUUGCUUGCAUUUUCUUUCAUUUAAAAGAAGGCAUUAUCCAAUACAUAUUGAAAGUGGGUAUCAAUAUCGUUUCAGAGUUACUAGAAUCAUAUCUAAGUGUAUAAUCCUGGUGUCAUGACAGCUUUAUUUGCAGAUAAUAAUACAAUACAAAUAAUACAAAUAGUAAAAAAUAUCAAAAACGCUGAUUUUUGGGGCACCAAUGACCUGGUGGUUGUGUCAGUGCACCUGGGUUUAGGUCCAGCCGUAGGCCCCUUUCCAGCAUGUCAUUCCCUGCACUCUCUCUUCCCAGUUAUCGGCACUAGUCACUGUCUUAUCUCUCAAAUAAAGGCUCCCAAAUGAAUGUUUACAAAUGAAAGAAGCAAAAGAAUUUUUCUGACUGAUUCAUGGGAUUUUAUUGGUACAUCCAGACCUACACCAAAUCUUUAUUUGGCAUGUGCAGAUUGCAUCCAGAUUGAAUUAAAAGAGUCCCAGAGAGAGAAAAAGAAACAAAAAAACCCUACAAUUUUUCCUCAAAAUUAAAUUCAGACUUUAUUUAGAGGGGGUUUAAAGACAUUUGAGAUCUGAGUCUUGCAUAUUUGUCACAGUCCACCAAAUCUAGCCUCAAAUUGUACUUGAACCACAUAAAAAACAAACACAUCAUCCAACGUUAAAAACAACCAUUUUGCUGAAUUUAAACUGAUGGAACUGCAACUACAGCCUCCUCUAUGUGAAAAACAUCCCCUGUAAAAGAACCCUACAUGAUAAGACAAGUUCAUUCGAAUGGAUAGAUAUUCAUAUCUCUUAGAUUUGUAUUGAACAAAAAAUUCACUAGAUAUCUGCAUUUUGAGAAAAUUUGGAGUCAAGACCUCACCAGGAGGUUUUAAUCUGCUGGAUAGUGUGAUGUCAUGAGGCUUCAGCUGUCACCCAUCAAAUUGUAUAUUAUAAUCACACUAUUAUUGAAAUGAAAAUCAUGAAGAUGUUACUCUCAGUGUAAAUCAAAGUAAAAUAGUCACAGAGCGAGUGGAGCCUUCAUAUGUAAAUAAACACAGAGCCCCAUUUACCUUCAAUAGCCUUUAGAAACAGGAAAUAAUGGCAGCAUAAAACAAACAUGAGCGUUAGGCUAAUAAACUCUUCUUUCUUCUUCUUAUCUAUACAGAGACUCAUGCCAUUGGAUAUGCUGUUAAGCAUCUACAAACAUUGCAUUCAGAAGAUUGACCAGUGAUUCUGGGUUAAUUCUUAUAUUGAAGACAUAAUCCAUGGCAUGGAGCCUAAGCAGUUCUUGCAUUUUGUAAAUCACGCCAUGCAGAGACAUUUACAGAAAGCAUUAUUUUUUUUUUAAUGUUCUUUAUACAUGCAGAGACUCAUGACUAGAUUUGAUUUACACUGAGAGUAGCAUCUUCAUGAUUAUCGUUUCACCAACAGUGCGAUCACGUUCAUAAUAUAAAGAUUUGAUGGUUGACUAAUGCAUAGAAAUAGUAUGGGCAGAGAACCACUGAAGCCCCAUGAUGAUGUCACACCAGCCAGAGUUUCUAAAACAUGACGGCAUCCUUGCGAGGUAAUUUAAAUUUUUUAUUAAAACUUCUUUUUUGUUCAAUAUACAUAUAAGAGAUAAAACUAUCUAUCCAAUAUGGGGAAAAUGCCUCAUCAUGCAGAGUGUGUUUCAAAGGACCAUGAAAUAUGCUCAGAUUUAUAGACUUUUACCACCUACUGAGAUCAUUCCAGCAGAUUCUGGUAUAUUUUGUCUUACUAUGAGUCAAGUAAGAAGACAAGGGACUUUUGAUGUGGUGUAUGAGUGAUAAACCUUUACAUGAAGAAUCCAUUAAUAUGUACAUCAUCUGUGCAUCAUUGUGUUAUACUGAAACCUGUAUCACACAGUUACCUCAUUCUGGGAUCAUUUUAGAAACCACCUGAAGGACAUUCAAGUGUUUUAACACAGCCUACAUUGACUUUGUUGGAGUUUUUUUGCACUUUGAAUAACAGCCUUAUUGCCUUUAAAUGGUCAUACAUAAAUCUGAGCUUCUUAACAAGCUUGAUUAAGACAAUAUAUUUAAGAAUACCCCAAAAUAGCUUCAGUAUGUAUUUAAAAUACAUUUUAUGUCAAAGUUUCUUGUCAUUUUUUCAUUAGUUCAUCUGUACUUGCACCUUGCCAGAAUGACCUUGUACUUGAGAGAAAGCUUUCACUUUUUUUCCAACAUUUGAAGAAUCUUAAAUGUCAUUUAUUCAACUUGUUGAAGUCAUAUGUAAAUUGUUAUUGUUCAUAUUUUUAGGUUCACUUUGGGACUAUGAAGUCAGCUCUAAAUUGAUUUAUGGAGAUAAAAGUAUGCAUUAUUCUCUCUAUAUCAGACACCUCCCAUAUCCAGUGUGUCUCCUGUGACUGAAUCUGCAUAUUACGUUGGAUUCAAAUCUGAGAAAUGUUAGCUUACAUUCCAGUCCGUUUUUUUUGUUAUUUUCAUUCCAUUGUUUGCACUCAUCUCCUGGUUAAGUUGUCUAAUCCUUGUCUUAAAAUGUCCUUUUUUUAAAUCACAAGUUAAACCUAUUUAUUAACAUAUUUAUGUGCUUAAUUCACUUAAUAAUGGCUAUUGAAUUCCGUCCAUGAAAGGAUGAGUGUUGUGUAAAAGAGAGGAUUGACCUCUCUAUUAUAAAGUGCUUGUAACUUGAUUUGCCUUAAAGAGCAGCCUGAUGAAGACUGGUCUGUCUGUGCUGUAGUCAAACAGCUCAUCAUGCCUUAGUUUAUAAAACAUGUGCACUCAUUCCAGCUCCCUGUGUUAGACUGUGCUCAAUGCUGAGCUGUAACGGUUGUUUUGAUGUCAAGAAACUGUGAUACAUAUUCAUGCUCUACUGCUGCUUAUUGAUGCCACCAUGAUAAGAAAUAUUUGCUCUGAACAUCAUAAAAGAAAGAUCCUGAUCAUAUGAUGCUUUUUUCCUCAUCAUAAUUUUACCAAUUUAUAACUUUAGGGGUGCCUCUAGACAACUGAUUACAACGUUGUUUUGUGCAAAGCUGAAUUGAGAUUAGUAAUCCAGUCUAAAAGAAAGAAAACUCCCUGAAAAAAAUCUAACAGAGCACAAUACAUUUGACAAAGCUAAUAUGAGAUCACAUCUUCUGCAGGUUGAACUAUGUCAGUCUGGUUUGUGGCUUAUAUCAGCAAUCCAAGCAUCUCCUCCUUGACAGAUUCAACUUGUAAUUCUAGCCCAGACUGGGAAGGAUGACAUUAAUUGUUUGCUUGACAAAUUAGACACAUCCUUACUUUUUAUGCCUGAAAAUCUUCUCGUUACUUGACAAAAUAAUUGCAGCCCCUAAAGGCAUGUCUACAAGAACUCUUUCACUUUAUUAAGUCAUCCAUCCAGAUACGCGGUAAAACCUAUAGGCAAAAAGUUUCAGCCAGUCACUGUACAGUGGAGCAAGAUUAGGCUUUAUCAAAUGAAAAAAAAGAUGGAUAUAAGACAUCAUUUGCCUUUUUUUUAAGGGGUCUGACUGCAGACUGUACAUCUCUGACGGCCAUUCUCACAAACUGGGACACCUGUAUCUCAGAAGGGAAGUGCUUUAAUUUGCCAGUACAAAUUACUUCCAGUUUUAGAUUUAUUUAACAUUCAACAUUAUUGAUAAACAAAGUCUCACAGUUACAUUUGUGAAAUAACCACAUUGCAAACAUUGCAGAGCAAUUAAUAUGUCAAAAAUAAAAGAAGAGAAGGGUCAGAGGUCUAAUCUGGGAUUAAAUUAUGUAUAGCCCUGUUUUAGAAGUAGCCACUCAAAUGUUGGCUCGCUUGAGCUUUGUUAGCUUUAGCUACGUGGUUAACAUUACUAUAUAAUCCCUUGUCACUAAUUUAGCUUUGUAAACAUGAGCUUUAGCUACAAGAGCUUCAGCAACAUGAGCUUUAGCAAACAUAGCUAAAGCUAACGUAGCUAUGUAGAUAACAUAGUUUAUGUAUUUUACAUAACUGCUUUGUGAGCUUAGCUCUAGCUUAAUUGGCUGUGUUAGCUACGUCGCUAUGUUGGCUAUAUAGCUAUGUUAGCUACAGAGCUACAUUAGCAACCGGGCUCUAUUAUAUAUAUCUAAGUUAGCUUUAGCAGUGUGAGCUUUAGCAAACUUUGCUAAAGCUUGCUUAGUUAUGUAAAUACAUUGAUACGUAGCUUAUAUAGCUGCUUUGUUAGCUUAGCUUAAGCUACAUAGUUUACUCAGUUAACAGAACUACAUAAGCUACACUUGCUGAUUUAGAAUGUUUUCAUGGAGGGCAGGCCGUUUUUCCUGUAAGCAGACUGUUUAAUCUGCUUUAUUAACACUUUGUAAUCAAGCUUUGCAGGAAGGGUUAGGGUAAGGGUUAAACUUUUGGUAUCCUAACUCUUACCCUUACCGUAAAUCGAAACCAAAGUUAAAUCUGAUUUUAUUUCUGAAUUUUUUAGUUUGUAUUUCCAUUCUAAGUAUCUCAGGUGAAUGGUUGGUGAGAAAAGCCAUCAGAGAUGAACAGUCUGCAGCCAGACUGUCUUGUGUUUUUCUAAAGAAGCUCAUCCUGGACAUUUGCUGUCUAUAGUCAAAGACAAACCUGCACCAAUGCAGCACUGCUGUUUAAAGUGGAAACCAUUUAUUUUGAAAUUAAACAGUUCAGUAAGACGGUGACAGUUACUAUAAUAUCUACAUACAACCGCCUUUUUAGCCUAUAUAUGAACUGAUAUGGACUCUAAGUUUAAUUUUCUGUUGUUUUUUUCUGUAGUUUUUCCCUAAAACAUUUGAUGUUUCAGCACAUUUUCCUCAUAAAAACAAAAUUUAUGCAGCAAUAACUAGACAGUUUGCCAUUAAAACAUGCAAAUGCCUUCUUAAAACAAUUAAAGCAUCUCAUUGAUACAAGAUUUUUUUGUCUUUCUGCAACAACUAAUUUAAAUUUGUCUUGUUAUGGUGGCAUUAUUAUUCAGUAUACUUAUCUGCUUCUAUCAAUAAUAUGUUAAAUAAUUUAUGUACAAUUGCACUGUGCUUUUUGUCUUUUGAGUUUCCUGUAUUUAUGCCAAAUGUUAAUAAAGCAGCCAAUGUUUUCUAGACAGUUAACCUUAAUUGUUGUAAAGAGGAUUAUAAUACGGGGUCCAUUGUGAAAUAUAAUUAUGUCUCUUGCUAUCUUAACACUCUUUUUCACUUUUUUCUUUGUUUUUUGUUUUUUUACCUGCUUCUGUGUCUACUCUAGAUUGUGUCUAGUGAACCUGUAAAAAACAUGUUGUGCAUGAAAUGCUGUGGAUCUGUCUUUUAAAAUACUUGCUUGUUGUUCCUGUGCAACAAAAAUUAAAGGUACUGAA